ACUGACCAGGGCAUCCGAAACCUCACAGUGGAAGAAGCAAAUCAUCUUGCUGCAUCUGACCCUGAUUAUGGCAUUCACGACCUCUAUGAAGCAAUUGCCACAGGGAACUUCCCAUCCUGGACUUUCUACAUCCAGGUCAUGACCUUCGAACAAGCAGAGAAGUUCCCUUUCAAUCCGUUUGAUCUGACCAAAAUCUGGCCUCACAAGGACUACCCCCUUAUCCCUGUGGGCAAGAUGGUGCUAAACAGGAACCCGGUGAACUAUUUUGUAGAAGUGGAGCAGGCGGCAUUUGAUCCAAGCAACAUGCCCCCUGGCAUUGAGCCCAGCCCGGAUAAGAUGCUGCAGGGGAGGUUGUUUUCCUACCCAGAUACGCACAGACACAGACUCGGGGCAAACUACCUGCAGUUACCAGUGAAUUGCCCAUACAAGGCUCGUGUCGCCAAUUACCAGCGGGACGGACCAAUGUGUUUUAAUGACAACCAGGGUAAUUGUGCUCCCAAUUACUAUCCCAACAGCUUUUCUGCUCCGGAUGCCCAGCCUAAGCUGAGGGAGCACAAGUUCAGAGUGUCAGCGGACGUGGCACGCUACAACAGCUCUGAUGAGGACAACGUGACCCAGGUGCGUGACUUUUACACAAAAGUGCUGAGUGAGGAGGAACGCCAGCGCCUGUGUGAAAAUAUUGCCGGACACCUGAAGGAUGCGCAGCUGUUUAUUCAGAAGAGAGCGGUGAAAAACUUCACGGACGUACACCCCGAUUACGGCUCACGUAUCCAGAAACUGCUGGAUAAAUUUAAUGCUGAGGUUCCGAAGAAGAAAACUGUGAGGACCUACACUCAAAAUACCAAAGACAAAUCAAAUCUGUAAUCUCUCUGCUUCAGGGAUCCUUCAUCUAAGCCAAUAUUGCACAGCUUUUUAAUUGUGGCAUCUAACUUUCCAAAGACCUUUGAUUGUACUACAAAUCAACUUGAAAUAUAUUUUCCGUCCUACUACUUUAUGUAGAAAGAUACAUAUUAAAUGCAGUAGCUACUAAUUAGGGCAGGGUUCCUAGCGCUUGCAGAAAGGGUCCGAUAUACAGUUACCAAAUGCAUGUUCCUAUUUACAGUUUUUGAUAAAACCCCAUAAAUCAUCUAACACCUGAAAUGUUAUAUGUGUUAGAAAGUAACUAAUGGCUGUUUCAGUUCCAUAGAUGAAUUUUUACUGACAAUAUUUUUGAUAAAUAUCAGACCUUGGUGUCAUUAGCCGUAAGAUCUUAAACUGUGUUGUGAUCCAUGAGGAUUGUGUAGAACAUUAUACUCUGUGCCUUACAGUAAGGGGUGACUAGCUGCGGUAAGCAUGGCACAAGGGUGGCGCAUGGCAAGUACCAGGUGCAUCUGAUAAUUCCUAGGGUGCGGCAGCCAAUAGAGCAAGGUCUGGUGGCCUGGUCUAACUGCUUAUUAGAGAUUGGGAUGUAGCCUGGAAUACAGAAGAACUGGAAUUUAACACCUAAUUAUGUUACUUGUAUCCUACAAUAAACAUGUCUGCAGUUA